AUGAGAGACGAAAUUGCAACAACAGUUUUCUUUGUCACAAGAUUGGUGAAAAAACAUGAUAAAUUGAGUAAAAAACAAAUAGAAGACUUCGCAGAAAAGCUGACCACAAUCUUGUUUGAAACAUAUCGAAGUCACUGGCACUCAGAUUGUCCUUCUAAAGGUCAAGCCUUCAGGUGUAUCAGGAUAAACAAUAACCAGAGUAAAGAUCCCAUACUGGAAAGGGCUUGUGUUGAAAGUAACGUGGAUUUUUCCCACCUGGGACUUCCUAAGGAGAUGACUAUUUGGGUAGAUCCCUUUGAGGUGUGCUGUCGGUAUGGUGAGAAAAACCAUCCAUUUACAAUUGCUUCUUUUAAAGGGAGAUGGGAGGAAUGGAAACUAUGCCAACAAAUCAGCUAUGCUGUUAGCAGGGCCACACUAGACGAGGACUCCUGCAUGUCCUCUGAUGAAGAAAAUAGUAACAAAGAACCUCAGAUAAUUCCCAAAGUCAGCAAUCCCAAGAGUGUGUAUCAGGUUGAAAAUUUGAAACAGCCCUUUCAAUCUUGGUUCCAGAUCCCCCGCAAAAAGAAUAUGGUGGAUGGCCAGAAGGGUCUUCUAGGAAAUGCUUACCAUGUGUUGCAUAAGAAUCCUAGGAGCCCUCGGCCUGUGUUCCGCAGGGUGGACAGAUACCACUGGGUCAACACCAACCGAUAA